UCUCUUCAUUUCGCGUCGCGUGUUGACUUAAGCUGACUUGAUCGUGUGUGCUCACGCGACCUGUUUCGUGGCGUUGAUAACGCGCCUCACUUGAUCAACAGGUCUGGGAGUGGGUUGAUAGUGUUGGUGUGUUUUGGGUUGCAGAUCGUCGCGGUGUGCUGGUUUGGACGAGUGCCCAAAAAUUUGACAACAUUUAGUCUCGCGCGGGAAUCACCGUAUAGUCAGUCGGCCGAUCGUCGUCAGUGUGAGUCUGGUUUUGCUCGUAAGGUCUGCGUGUAAACAAAGUGCAAAAGGAAAUAACAAUAACACACAAAACUGCAAUAAUGGUCGCGGCGAGACUUGUUUGGCUGUAGGAGGUGUCCCGAAAUCUGCGUAUUCCAAGUGUCCACAAGUCGCGACGUGUCACGCUUGGAGAGAGAGAUCGCCUUGAACUCGCGAUUCGAUUCGAUUCGUCAACUGGUGGUGGUCGUGAUGUGAUUAGUCAAGUGCAAGAAAGCUGUUAUUUCAUCGCUAGGAAUGUAAAAAUAUAACACGCCAUCGUCAGAGCCAAGUGAUAAAGGUGCAUCAAGUUCUAAGUGGUUGAGCCAACUGUUGGGGUGCACUUGUACAGAGCUCGAAGCUGCUGAGUUGCUGAUUAUUCCUGGGUAAACGCACGAGAAUUACUAUUUGAGUGUGACUUUCUAGUUGUCUAAACAAGUCUUUCUCUAAGCGAGACUUGAAAGCUGCAAAUCAUACAAGUUAUCAUCAUUAUCGUCAGCAGAAGUAGAAAAAAGAGAUUGCCAUAAAUUGCUCGGAAUGGAUCAUUUGUGCGUGGACCUGGUUGGGGGUGUGAAGUGAACGAUGAAAUUUGGCAGCCAUAAACGGAGAAGGAGAAAAUAAAUUGUGGCAUUUGUGCUUAAUAAUGUGAACCUCGUACAAUUUUGUGAUGAAUUGAAAGUGCUUAAAAUAUUUAUAUGUUCUGGCUGUGAUAGAUGAUUUCCUUUAUUGCGUUCGAGAGUAGGUGAUUUCAACAAAGAAGACUCGCGAAUAGCUCCAGAUUUUAUCGCUAAUAUCUACCAUUUCACACCUUGAUUCGCGGGGAAUAUUCGUUAUCAAUAGAAAAUGUGUCGCUGUUGUCAGAGCUGCUGGGAAGAUUUCUACUGGAGCUGUUUUGAGGAACGAUUCUGCUACGAUGAAACUAUCGCUCACUACGAUCCCGAGGAAGACGAGUAUGCGGUGAAGAAAAAGUCCACAAAUGGUUUCUACAACUCGGAAGACUCUUUAGAGAACAAUAACGCGCCAAUUUGCCGACAGCCGGCCAGUUUCGGGCGAAAUAAUUCGUUAAGCUCAAAAGUCCACGAGGAUGACCUGCGGCGGGAGAUUCAAACCAACGUGCCGAUGCUGGCGCCGGAAGUGCUGGCGGUGUUUGCGAACUCGCAAAUCUUCCAGGAGCAAGCCCCAACGAAACCGGCCGUCAAGAGUCCAACCUCGGUGAAGUUUGCCAUCUCGCCGGACUCGCCCAUCUCGGCGGUGUCGCUGGACGCCAACACGUCCACCCCGAAAACGUCACGAUCGGGCAGCGAGGUGGCCACUCGGGAGGACGAUUCCAAUAAGCUGCUCAAACGGCUCGAAGGAUCCCAAAGCGAGCUCCGCCCGACUCGAUUCGGCAGUCGCAUUAUUCCGGAGAUUGUGGAGGAAACCAACGACGACAUUGACGAAGUGGUGCUGCGUCCCCCGCGGAACCUGAUCGAGGCGUCAGCGUCGUUCGCCGGCUCGACGGGGGUGAUCAACAAGAACCUUUCGCAUCUGCAGGCCGAACAGCCAUACUUUUCAACUCGACCCGCCAGUGAAAAUGACAUUUUCACCAUUUCUUCGGCAAGCAAUUACAACGCCAUCAGCAUGACUCCGGAAGUGCCGGCCAUUUCGUUCUCCAAUCUACCCAAGAACUACUUGGAGACUCCGACGGUGGAAAAGUACCGCGAAUCGGUCAGUCUGUACUCGAUACAGACGGCGGGAAUUUCCACCGUCAAGGAAGACUACUCGAUGCCGAGAUAUUACCGCAAGUCGGACAUGAUCGUGAACAGUGCCGAUCGGAGCAGCAAGGAUCUGGACGAGGUGGGACCGAUGUCGGUUUCCAGCUCGGCGAUUACACCGGGACCGCUCAAGCAGGUCGAGAAGAGCAAACGGUUGAAGAACAUUCGAACGGCGCUUCCACCACUUAAUUUGCAGCUGAUUAGAGGACACUCGUCUUCUAAUUUGAAGGAGAAGGAGAAAGAGGCCAAGGAUAAGGAGAAACUUAAAUCAAAAGACAGUAUUAGAUCGUAAUGGAAGAGCCAUGCUACUUAAGUCACUUUCCAGUGCCAGAGAUAUACAGUUGUACCGUGGAAUCUAAAGAAGCGCAGAGCAGCUUAUGUUGAGGUGGAGGAUAUUUUUUGAUUCCGCUUAUUAAACAUUGAUUUUUAUACAUAAACUUAAUGCUGUACAUAUCAUUUUAUUGUUAUUUGUUUAAUAGUUCAUUCAGGUAGCUAAAGCAAGAAAGUGCCAAUUUCUUAGAUAAUAAAGUAUUACUGAUUAAACAUUGAAAA